AUGCUCGCCAGUUUGGCACAUAUCAUUGAGAAGCUGAAUGAAUCUGGUGGGUCUGAUAGGCUUAGCUUCAUUGAACAGCUUGAGAACGCAUUCUACACACCUGCCAAGAUUGAUCUGUGGUAUGACUUUGACCUGCAACUUAGUGUCCCACCUGUGCUUCCUGGAAUGGAUAGCUUUGCCACAACGAAUGAUGGGGACGAAGACUUCCAGGGUUAUCUACCUUAA